CUUUAAAUUCGUCGAUGAGCAACCUAUUCAAACAGGAUGAAUUCGCAAAGAAGUUAGAACCGCCUGAAGAAGCACGUCAAUUGGGUCCACCUAGUGGCCCUUCUAUCCUCAAGAACUCGUCUGAAAAACAGUACAAACCGUCGCACGAGAGGUCUAGUGACUAUAAUCAGAAAGAGUCACCAAGGAAGUUGUCGGUUGAUAGCAUUUCAUUCGCACCGCUCCCACAACGACCAACAACCAUGCCUCGGCGGAACUCGAUAACACUCGGAGUAGCCGCCCGGUCUAGCUUCUUCAAUAAUGCAGGCGGUGCCACCAACGUACAUAAAAACCCGGAUGGUAGUAUGGUAAAGACAUUUACCCCGGAACAAUGGAAACAACUUGAAGAAUCCCAAGGGAGGAAUGUAGUCGACUUGGGUGAUGUUGCAGUUGUCGCUGGUAAGAAAUUCGUUAAUUUACUACGUGGCAGACGCGAUUCGAAAGACAAAACCUCAGACAAAGAGAAAGAGCAAUUUAGAAAUCCAAGAAGAGAUGAGAAGAAACUUGAGGAUGUCGGAGAGGUAAUACAGGAAGAGGACGCGGAAAUUGAAAAUAGCGAUGAUACGCUCUCACCUAACACAAGUCAGAGUCACAUUAGUCAGACUACAAGCGACGCGAGCGAUAUCCUUACUCCACCAUCAGAUGCUAUGCAUAUGCGAACUUCAUCCGGAGGCCAACUUCAACCUUAUAAGCAAGAUGCCUAUCAGGAAGAUGAGCACCUUAAAGCAUACGCAUUAGGAUUUGAUCCUGCCAAACUUGGUGCUAGAAGACAACAAAUGUAAGAUAUAUAAGAUACCUGGGUCAUGAUUGCAACAUAAAGAUGAAUUUUUACAAAUGUA